ACCUCCAACAGUUUAAAGCAAAAGAUAAUAUCUUUACUCAGUACUCCAAGUAGAAGGAAAAGGCAAAUGACAUGUGAGAGAUGAUGAGCUUUAACCUAUUUGGAAAUUGACAAGUGACAAAGAAGACUAAAUUAAGGCACCAAGAUCCAGGAAUUAAAGUAAGCAUCUUUGUAUGAAGGAGUGGCGAGGAGGAAGAAGGCCAGAGGCAGAGAUCAAUGGGUUUUACUAUGGGAUUAAACUUCCUUCUUCUCUUAGCUAUGGUGGCUACCAAUAUAAUCUCCCUUUAUCACCUCUCUACCACCGUUCAAUCUCCCAAACCUCUUCCGAAUGUCCCUAUUCCUAUCCCCGAACACCUCAUUCGUCAGCUUGACCACAUACGCGCCGCCAUCAAUCACCUCACGCGCCGCAGUCCAUCCACUUCCUCCUCCGGCAAGCCCGUCGUGCCUCAAGAUCUAAUCCUUCACUCCCAAAUCGGUCCCAUUGCUUCUUCCUGCCGCCACCACCCUGACCUUCUCCAUAGGUACAUGAAUUAUACUCCUUUCUCGAUCUGCCCUUUUGAUCCCGACCUCCAAGAAACGCUUAUUCUCAACGGCUGCCACCCACUCCCACGGCGGCGUUGCUUCUCGAAAACCCCAUCAAAACCCACUUCUUCUCUUCCUCUUAACCCUUUCCCGACCGCCCUCCCCGACUCCUCCGUAAUCUGGAACAGAUACUCGUGUAAAUCGUUCGCUUGUCUUUUACAAAACAACCCCAUAGGCUUUGAUCUCAAUACCCAACGCUCAUCCCUGCUGAAAUACGCUUCCGAGCUCGACCUUCCGGUUAACCGCUUCAUGCAAUUGGCUAAGUCGGCUAACUCUGUGAUCCGUCUCGGCAUCGACAUAGGCGGCGGAACUGGGACAUUCGCUGCUUUGAUGAAAAUCUUCUACAAUGUUACGAUGCUGACCACCACCAUGAACGUCAAUGCACCUUACAAUGAAGCAGUGGCAGCAAGAGGGUUGCUGCCUUUACACGUGCCUUUGCAGCAGAGGCUGCCGGUUUUCGACGGGACGAUGGAUCUGGUCCGGUGCGGGAGGGCGGUGAACCGGUGGAUACCUUCAACGGUGAUGGAAUUUAUGUUCUAUGAUGUGGAUAGAGUGUUGAGAGGAGGAGGCUAUUUGUGGGUGGACCGGUUCUUUAGUAAAGCAGUGGAUUUGGAGAAAGUUUAUGAGCCAAUGAUUGGGAAACUUGGGUACAAGAGAGUGAAGUGGGCAGUGGCUAAUAAGACUGAUCCAAGUGGUUUGAAGAAUGGGGAAGUUUACUUGACUGCUGUGUUGCAGAAGCCUGUUUCAAGGUGAUGAUUUGGGUUCAAAGCUUGAGGAUUCUUUGAAUUUUUGAGAUAUUAAUGUCAGAUCACCGUUGCUUGGUUGCAAGGAAACAUGCCACAACUGCACUAAGAAAAGCUGGAAGAAAAGCCUCUGAUCAAGUGACAAAAGCAACGUAUUUGUUUACUUCUGCUGAUGUGGAUUAGGUUUUUUUAAGGAGCAUCUUCAUGUUUAAAAGAUCGUAGAUGUCCAAUACAUACAUACAUAUGUCGUCUCUUAAUUUAUAUUGACGUGGUCGAAGUAGAUGGCCCGAUUUCAUUUUUCAA